AUGUUCCUGGAGAUCUUUAACUCCGACCUCGCUCACCAGGCCCUCACGCACCCUCCCACGCAUCCAGGACCGCCAUUCCUGCGCCCCUACAUCCUCACCAUGGCGCAUCGCAUAAUCACCCAAGUCGUGAUAACCGGCACACGCGUUCUUGGCCGCGCCUUCACCGAAGCCUACAAGCAAGCCGCCGCCUCCUCGCAAUACCAAAAAGCGCAAGCCAAGGCGAACGGCGGCGCUGUCGGGGCAGGGUACGCGCACUCCGGGCUGACGCUCGAAGAGGCAUGCAAGAUCCUCAACGUCAAGCCGCCCAAGGGCGGCAAGACGGAUAUGGAGGACGUGAUGGCUCGAUUUAGGAAGCUGUUUGAUGUCAAUGAUCCGAAGAAGGGAGGUAGUUUUUAUCUACAGAGUAAAGUGCUCAGGGCGAGGGAGAGGAUUGAGAGUGAGGCGAGGAAGGCGGAGGAGGCGGAGAGUAGGGAGGAGGAGCUGAAGAAGGGGUGGAAACCGAAGGUAUUCAAGGAUAGGUAGUUGUGUGGUUGGCCGGCGUUAACGCUGAAUAGAGCUGAGAAUCGUGAAUUACUGCUCUUUUGCGGCGGCGGGCAAAGAAGGGGGCAGGGAGGAAAUCGACGCCUUACGAAGACGAUAAUUGAGGAUGGAUCGGUCACCAUCGCCACGCCCACUUUCCGGCUGCGAGAGCAACAGCAAAUCUUCACUCUGUAUUGGACAUAGCAACGGCGUUUUGGGUUUUGGUGUACGCGAGAGAGAGAGGGAGAGAUGUAUGUUGAGCUUGUAAAUGUACGAUAUAUUAAGAUGGGGAGCAUUGGGGGGGCUUUUAGAACGUUGAAAAUUACGGGCACAAAGUUAAAUUAAAUGUAAGAACAAGUUUUGAUUCAUGCAAAAAA